AUGGGACUUUACCCUGGUACCGUCAAGGAUCCCCAUACCGCCUUCACAUUCGCCGUCCUCGACGAUUUCCUUCUGGAGAACAAAGAGUGCAAGACAGUGGCAUUGAACUACUACAGCAAGCUCAAAUGGGUCACGAGCAAUGCCUUCCCUGGCACCGUUCCCAUAAGUGUUCACAUGCAUUCCCAUGGCCCAACCAUUCAUGCCAGUUCCUCGCCAGGACCGUUAUCCUUCUCACACGAUGCCCUCUGUCCUGUGGAGAAGGGUGGCCUCGCCAUCUUUUGUCCCGCCUGUCCCCAGCCUGGGCUCAACCUGCCUUUCGAUUGGCAAGCGAAUCCAGUGCAGUGGAAGUUCAAACGCAGCUUUGUCAUGGAUGGCAAUUUCAGUGCAGAGCACAUGAAGAUGAAGCACCCCGAGGAGGACGUCGCCCUCAGUGACGGCCAGGCAUUCAUGGUCAGCCAAGAGGAUUACAAGGCUCAUCUGGCGGUGGCCAUGGAGUCGCAUCAGCACUCCACUUGUCACGAGCACCGCGCUGUCAAUCAGGCCAAUGUGGAUCGCGCCAACCUCGAUGCCACAGGAAUCAGGGCCACUGCUUGCGCCAGACAUGGUUUCUUCGUCCCUCAUACUGUCGUCGAUUUCCAGAAGGGAGAAAGACAAAUGAAUAUGGAUUACUCUCUCAGCAAUGCGCUCCUGACCCUCACUGGUAUCACCCUCGUCCUUGUCAUGUACGACAUCAUGUGCCAGUAUGGCGUCCAUGUCCGCAAACGUUUCUGCCACAGCGCCUAUCUGAGGAUGCCCUUCGAGCUCAAGGUAGACCAAGGCAUCAGCUUGUUUCAUGUGCAUGGACACCAAGAUUGCUGCUUCCAACGGUUCUCGCCCAACUUUAUAGUUGGCGCUGGUAUGGUCGAUGGCAAGGUCAUCGAGAUCCUGUGGGCACCGACAAAUGAGGUCUCAGGCAGUACCAGGGGCAUGACCUGA